CUCUUCGAAGUCAUGGCGACGAAGACCAAGAUCUACUUCGUGAUGGAGUACGUCCCGGGAGGGGAGCUGUUCAACACGGUGGCUAAAGGACGUUUGCCGGAGGAGACCGCUCGGAGAUAUUUCCAGCAGCUGAUCUCCUCCGUGUCCUUCUGUCACGGCCGCGGUGUCUAUCACCGCGACCUUAAGCCGGAGAAUCUGCUUCUAGACGCUAAAGGGAACCUAAAAGUCUCUGACUUUGGUCUCAGCGCGGUGGCAGAGCAGCUCCGUCAGGACGGGCUCUGCCACACGUUCUGCGGGACUCCGGCGUAUCUGGCGCCGGAGGUUUUAACGAGGAAAGGGUAUGAUGCGGCUAAGGCCGAUGUGUGGUCUUGCGGAGUGAUCUUGUUCGUGUUGAUGGCUGGUCACAUCCCGUUUUACGACAAGAACAUCAUGGCCAUGUACAAGAAGAUCUACAAAGGAGAGUUCCGUUGUCCUCGUUGGUUUUCAUCUGAUCUUGUCCGGUUAUUGACUCGGCUUCUCGAUACCAAUCCGGAUACUCGGAUCACGAUACCUGAGAUCAUGAAGAGUAGAUGGUUCAAGAAAGGAUUCAAACACGUUAAGUUCUACAUAGAAGAUGAUAAACUGUGUAGAGAAGACGAGGAGGAGGAGGAAGAGGAGGAGUCGUGUUCCUCUGGCAGGUCGUCAACGGUUUCAGAGAGCGAUGCAGAGUUUGACGUGAGGAGGAUCGGUUCAAUGCCGAGACCAGCGAGCUUAAACGCGUUUGAUAUCAUAUCGUUCUCGUCAGGGUUUGAUCUGUCGGGUUUGUUUGAGGAAGGAGGAGAAGGGACGAGGUUUCUGUCAGGCGCUCCUGUUUCGGAGAUCAUAGCGAAGCUGGAGGAGGUAGCGAGAGUUGUUAGCUUUACGGUGAGGAAGAAGGAGUGGAGUUUGAGGUUAGAAGGGUGUAGAGAAGGAGCAAAGGGGCCGUUGACGAUAGGAGCUGAGAUAUUUGAGCUGACGCCGUCUCUUGUGGUGGUGGAGGUGAAGCAGAAAGGAGGAGACAGAGAAGAGUACGAAGAGUUUUGCAAUAAAGAACUCAGACCAGAGCUGGAGAAACUAAAGCAUGACCGAGGAGGUGAGAAAGGAAAAGGAGAUGUUGUAGUAGAAGAAACAAUGUGUGUUGCCGUCUGAUACUGUAUAGUAAUACAAGGAAGGCUGAGAAUAAGAAUACAAAGAUUAUUACAUUCUUGUUCUAUGUUUAUGGUGCGGUAUUGGGAUGUUACGGAGAUCUUUGAGAUUCAAGAUUAAUCUAGGACAUCUCCGUAAUCUCCCAGUCUGUGUAUGUGUGAGUGUGUCUGCGUGUGUUUAUGUGUAAGUGUUACUGUAACGGUGAGUGAUAGGAAGAUGAAGGAGGGAAAAGAUACAAAAAGGAUAUAUAUCUGAGUAAUUACUCAGUUUUUGCUGGCUGCUUAUAGAGCCAGUUUUUUUCAGUCAGAUUGCUCAUG